AUGCCUCAACGCCCCACAGCACGCCCCCACGUCACAGCACGCCCCCACGCCCCACAGCACACCUCCACGUCCCACAGCACGCCCCCACGCUCCACAGCACGCCCACACGCCCCACAGCACGCCCCCAAGUCGCACAGGACGCCCCCCACAGCACGCCCCACAGCACGGCCCCACGCCCCACAGCACCCUCCCACGCUCCACAGCACGCCCACACGCCCCACAGCACGCCCACACGCCCCACAGCACGCCCACACGCCCCACAGCACGCCCAUACGCCCCACAACACGCCCCUACACUCCACAGCACGCCCCCAAGCCCUACAACACGCCCCACAGCACGCCCCCACGCCCCAGAGCACGCCCCACAGCACGCCCCCACGCCCCACAGCACGCCCCACGUCUCCCAGCACGUCCCCACGCCCCACAGCACGCCCCCACACCCCACAGCACGCCCCCACGCCCCCGAGCACUCCGCCACGCCCCACAGCACGCCGCCACGCCCUACUGCACGCCCCCACGCCCCACAGCACGCCGCCACACCCCACAGCACGCCGCCACGCCCCACAGCACGGCCCCACGCCCCAUAGCACGGCCCCACGCCCCACCCCCACACCGGGGCAGCUCAGCAAGGGGCUCCGAGCCAACACAAGAGCGCCAUAAAGCUCUAAAAACAAAACCUAUUUUUAUUGCAUUUCUUUGUCGAGCCAUGAAAGUUGCCAUGAAUGUUGCCAUGAAUGUUGCCACGAAAGUGUCCAUGAAUGUUGCCAUGAAAGUUGCCAUGAGAGUUGCCAUGAAAGUUGCCAUGAGAGUUGCCAUGAAAGUUGCCAUGAGAGUUGCCAUGAGAGUUGCCAUGAAAGCCUAUUUAAUUAAAUGA